UUUUCUGGGCGAGAUGGAAAAACCCUCUUCCUUCUGAAGGUCUAAAGACGGGGUACGCUCAAGUAAGUCUUCGGCCAGCAAGGGAAUCUCUAACCGCUCUCUCUUCCCCAGCGCCUCCUGCGUGCUUGCAACCCCAUUCCCAAUGCGCGCGAGUGCGUGCGAGCAGACUCGGAGCUCGGCUCACAGGCCGGGAACUCUCCCUGGAGCACCCGCUCAAGAGCAAGCAGAUGCCCAGCAUGCCAAAGAUCCCACCGACUGGGGCACCGCCUGGGACUCCCGGCCCGGCCGUUUCUGAAUGGAGGAAUGGCUGGCCCCACGACUGUUGCGUGAAACGAACCGGUUUUGGAAGCAGAACAUCCCCUUUCGCGGGGACGCCCCCUCUCCACGCCGGGGCCGCAGAGGAACUCUCCCUGCCUUUCUGUCGGCCACUCUCCUCCAGGCCCACUUCCCAAGCUCCGAAACGCGCCGGGACUCCUGACCUGGUUGCCAUCGGUGGCACUCGCCUGCCUGGGCUGCGUGAGUCCCGAGCUGAUUUGGGUGGCGAAUUUAGGGCCCAACGAUCUGGCUCGGGGAGUUAGUUCUGAUGGCGCGGGUGUCCCCCCCGGGGGUAGUUUCAGAGCGCGUCUCCAGAAGCCCAGAUCCUUAAGCCCCCUCACCCCACCCCGAGCACUCGCAUCCCCGGGUAACGGCCAGCAGGUGUGCUAUCCGCAGACCGUCCUGCAGUCAAGGAGCCGAGCGUGCCCCGCGCUCGUCUCUUUUCCGACGACACCUGAAAGCGCACCGGGGCGCACCCAACAAAUCUCGUUAAUCCAAACACCCUCGUCCGAGGCGUCCCAGGUUCGAGUUCGGCCCGACCGUCCCCUUCCCGCGUCGACGCUGGAAGCCUCAUCUGCGCGGGCUUUCCCUUCGGACCCAAAGGGGCGCGCGCGGCGGUGCGCGGGACCCGCCUCUUCCCUGGGCUCUGGCGGGGCGGGGGUGGGUAGGCAGGGACCUGGAUCUGAUUAGCUGGGAGGGGGAAGCCGUGGUCCCCACCGCUCGCUCCUGUCUCCCAAGCUGGGGGAGGAGGAGGAGGAGGAGGUGCAGGAGGGCCGACCCAGAGAGCAAGAGCGGGGGUCCCAUCACUGAGCACCCGGGUCAAGGCCGGAGCUGCCGCCGCCGCCGCCGCCUUCCGGCUCUCGAGUCGCCCGCGCCCCGCGCCCAGCCAUGGGCCCCCCUUCCAGCUCCGGCUUCUACGUGAGCCGCGCGGUGGCCGUGCUGCUGGCCGGGCUGGCGGCCGCGCUCCUGCUCGCGCUGGCCGUGCUCGCCGCCCUGUACGGCCGCUGCGCGCGCGUCCCGCCGUCGGAACUUCUCCACCGCGGGGUCCCGGGCGCCGCGCCGUCCCGGCCGCGCACGCAGGAGGAGCCGCGGCCCACCGGGCACACGCGGCCCACCCGGGAGCCGGCGGGCACGGCCACCCCGGGCAGCGGGCGCCCCCCGGGACCCUGGGACCAGCUGCGCCUGCCGCCCUGGCUCGUGCCGCUGCACUACGAGCUGGAGCUGUGGCCCCGGCUGCGGCCGAACGAGUCCUGGGCUCCGACGUUGACCUUCACCGGCCGCGUGAACAUCACGGUGCGCUGCACCGUGGCCACCGCGCGGCUGCUGCUGCACAGCCUCUUCCUGGAGUGUGAGAGCGCCGAGGUGCGGGGCCCUCUCUCCCCCGGCACCGGGGACCGCCCGGCGGGCCGCGUGCCGGUGGACGACGUGUGGGUCGCGUUCGACACGCAGUACCUGGUGCUGGAGCUCGGCGGCGCUCUGCAGCCCGGGGGCCGGUAUGUGCUGCAGCUCAGCUUCUCCGGCCUGGUGUACCAGGAUCUCAGGGAGGGGCUCUUCUUCAACGUCUACACCGACCAGGGCGAGCGCAGGGCCCUGUUAGCGUCUCAGAUGGAACCCACAUUUGCCAGGAGUGUGUUUCCUUGUUUUGAUGAACCAGCUCUAAAGGCAACUUUUAAUAUUACAAUUAUUCAUCACCCAAGCUAUGUGGCCCUUUCCAACAUGCCCAAACUAGGUCAGUCUGCAAGGAGAGACACAAAUGGAAGCACGUGGACAGUCACCACCUUUUCCACGACGCCCCACAUGCCGACUUACUUAGUGGCCUUGGCCAUAUGUGACUAUGCCCACGUGGACAGAACCGAAAGGGGCAAGGAGAUACGCAUCUGGGCCCGGAAAGACGCCAUCGCGAACGGAAAUGCAGACUUUGCUUUGAACCUCACAGGUCCCAUCUUCUCUUUUCUGGAAGAUCUAUUUAAUAUUAGUUACCCUCUUCCCAAAACAGAUAUAAUUGCCUUGCCUACUUUUGACAACAGUGCAAUGGAAAAUUGGGGACUAUUGAUAUUCGAUGAGUCAUUAUUGUUGAUGCAACCAAAUGAUCAAGUAACAGACAAAAAGGCUGUGAUCUCCUUCAUUCUCUCCCACGAGAUCGGACAUCAGUGGUUUGGAAAUUUGGUUACCAUGAAUUGGUGGAAUGAUAUCUGGCUCAAAGAGGGUUUUGCAUCUUAUUUUGAAUUUGGAGUAAUUAACUACUUCAAUCCUAAAUUCCCAAGAAAUGAGAUCUUUUUUUCUAACAUUUUACAUAAUGUCCUCAGUGAAGAUCACGCCCUGGUGUCUAGAGCUGUGUCCAUGAAGGUGGAAAAUUUCACAGAAACCAGUGAAAUAAAUGAGCUCUUUGACUUAUUUACUUACAACAAGGGAGCAUCUUUGGCCCGAAUGCUUUCUAGCUUCCUGAAUGAGAAUUUAUUUCUCAGUGCACUCAAGUCAUAUUUGAAGACAUUUUCUUACUCAAAUGCUGAGCAAGAUGAUUUAUGGAGGCAUUUUCAAAUGGUCAUCGAUGACCAGAAUAAAAUUCUUUUGCCAGCGACAGUAAAAAGCAUAAUGGACAGUUGGACCCACCAGAGUGGUUUUCCAGUUAUCACCUUAAAUGUAUCCACUGGUGCCAUUGAACAAGAGCCGUUCUAUCUUGGAAAGGUUAAAAAUGAGACUCUCCUAACCCACAAUGACACAUGGAUUGUACCUAUUCUUUGGAUAAAAAAUGGAAUUACACAGUCUCUAGUCUGGCUAGAUAAAAGCAGCAAAAUAUUCCCUGAAAUGCAAGUUUCAGCUUAUGAUCAUGACUGGGUGAUUCUAAAUUUGAAUAUGACUGGAUAUUACAGAGUUAACUAUGAUACAUUAGGUUGGAAGAAGCUAAAUCAACAGCUUGAAAAAGAUCCUAAGGCCAUUCCUGUUAUCCACAGGCUGCAGCUGAUUGAUGAUGCCUUUUCCUUGUCUAAAAACAAUUAUAUUGAGAUUGAAACAGCCCUUGAUUUAACCAAGUACCUUGCUGAAGAAGAUGAAAUCAUAGUAUGGUAUGCGGUCUUGGUGAACCUGGUAACCAAGGAUCUUGUUUUUGAUGCGAACAGCUAUGAUAUAUACCCAUUAUUAAAGAAGUAUCUGUUAAAGAGACUUAUCUCAAUAUGGAAUAUGUAUUCAACUGUCAUUCGUGAAAAUGUGGCAGUGUUACAAGACGACUAUUUAGCCCUAGUAGCCCUGGAAAAACUUUUUGAAACUGCGUGCUGGUUGGGCCUUGAAGACUGUCUUCAGCUGUCAAGAGAACUCUUCAAGAACUGGGCGAACCAUCCAGAGAAUGAAAUACCUUCUCCGAUUAAAAGUGUAAUUUUAUGUUAUGGCAUCGCCUUGGGAAGUGAGGAAGAAUGGGACUUUCUGUUAAAUAUGUACGCUAAUAAAACAAAGGAAGAAGAAAGGAUUCAACUCGCUUAUGCGAUGAGCUGCAGUAAAGACCCAUGGAUACUUAACAGAUAUAUGGAGUACGCCAUUACUGCAUCUCCUUUUGCUUUUAAUGAAACAAAUAUCAUUGAGGUGGUGGCAGCAUCUGAAGUGGGCCGGUACAUCGCAAAGGACUUUCUAGUCAACAACUGGCAAGCUGUGAGUGAAAGGUACGGAACACAGUCGCUGGUUACUCUCAUGUAUAUAAUAGGGAGAACCAUAAGUACAGACUUGCAGAUCACAGAGCUGCAGCAGUUUUUUGGCAACAUGUUGGAAGAGCAGCAGAGGCUCACAGUCCACGCCAAAUUACAGACAAUAAAGAAGAAAAAUCUGGAAAACAAAACACGCAACGCGAGGAUGGCGGCAUGGCUAUGGAGGAACACGUAACCAGCACCCCUCCUGGCUGCUAGAAUGGAUUUCACUCACACUUUUGUCUCCCAGGGCCUCGUGAGUCUGCAAAACCACAUGUGUUGUUAUUUGUAUGUCAGUCACAUUUGCUCCUCAGGGUCCUUCCUGUUCUUCCUGGGCUGUCCUGUUUGGCCCCGAGGCUAGUGAUUCCCCAGGAUGUUGCCAACCCAGGGGAAGAUUUCGCUUUCCUGUUGGGCCAUGAAGCCACAGAAUUUACUCGGGGUGCCUUGUAAAAACAAAUUAACCUUCGAAAGCCUUGCUUAUUCUGUUGUGAAAGCCAGUGGAAUAUUGGAUCAUUGGCCAACUGAGCACAUUCUUCUCUGAGGGAAAACACAGACUUGCGAUAACUCUGGAUUUUAUGUAGUUCAAUAUUUAAAAGCAUCAUGAGCAAAUAACACAACAGUGUAAAGAAAGAGAAACCAGAAAAAUAAUGCUCACUAGGACCUAGAGAAGCCAAGGAAACAACAUUUUAAAAAGAAGGAACAGAUCAUUCUAGGAGCCAUGUGAAGUGCCUGAAGGGCCAGACAUGGGUCUUCUGUCCAUUUCUCUCUUCCCACAGGGCCUGUCACAUUGUGCCACACAUUACAGGCCACUGAAGUUUAGGGCGUCACAAAAAGAGCCAGGAUCGCAGGAUCCGUGACAUGCCCUUCAGAUUGUGGAGGCCAGAGGACAGGAAGGAAUCUUCCUGAAGCCAGAGACUGCAUCCCCACCUGUGGGCCAGACACUCACUCAGCCCAAGUUUAUGAGCAAAAAUAAGGAUGUCGACAGACAGUAGCCAUAAGGGACUGAUCUGCAGCACAAAGGGAAGUGGUCAAAUAAAGAGAAAGAGAACGAAAAGGCUAACCACAGCAGACUCUUUACAGCUCUGCACUAGGGACUAAGUCGGAAACGUGGUUUCAUUUGACCAAAUAGAACCUGCUUAUAAGUGGGGACACCUUGAAACGCAUUCAUCAGUUACAACGUCGGGAAUUGGCUUAGUUCUGUUACCCCGGAUUAAAUCGGGAUGGCUAAGGCAAAGCAUCCCACUCUAGAUUUUGUGUGUGUUUGAUUUAAUUCUGUGUUUCCAUCGUGAUUUUGUUUUUGUAGAAAGGGGCUAAAACUACAGCUCUCCGAUCUACCUCAGAGGGAUGUAAAGGUUAAGGAAGGCUUUAAACACGUCGUGUGAGCUCAAGGCCAUGUGAUCUAGGGUUUUCUCCCCCUCUCUCUUGUGUAAGUCAAUGCAGCCACAAAUUAAUAUGCAAAAAACCAGAGUUGGCUUUUGUAUUCGCUUCACAAGAAGAUGCUCCCUGAGCGAGCAGGAGGCCAUGGGACAUGGCCCCAAAACCAACCAAAGCGCUGCCUCCUCAGACUUUGACCAUGGGUCAUAGGUCAGAGAGCUUUUUCUUUAAAUUUAGAAAUGUACAACUUAAGCAAUAAAAUAUUACCAUGUGUUCAAACUCUUCCGUGUGAGGUAUUUUCCGGUGUCUUCUAGAACAUUCUCUAUUUCCUAUCAUUCCUUUGAUCACAGUCUCAGCUUCCGAUAACCAUGCCACACGUCUUCUCUCUUGCUUUUCUCUUGCUCCUCUUCCUCUCCCUCCUGUCUCCCUUGGGCUCCCUUCUUCUUUUCCAGUAACCUCUGCCUGCCUCCUGCCUGGCUGUCUGCAUCCCCCUUCCUCAGUCUUGCCACCCUGCUGUGCCCUCGGAGGCUCUGACCCUGGUCCCCCGGUGUGGGUGACGCCAACACUGCGUGAUUCCACCAGAGGAGCACCUAGGCGUGGCUCUCCAGGCCAUCUGUUGAAAAUCAAAAUCUGGUUACAUCUUAGCUUCUGUGGUCAUUAAACAGCACUGAAAGUGUUUAUCAAAUGCCCAAAUACUUGGUUAAGAGUCCUUCCUCUAAGUAGGAAAAAGAACUUCGAAUAAUGUACAUUUUUUUUCUUACACGGAGGAAGCCGGUGAUCCCAGAUAGGCAUUACUUUUUAUUAUAUCAUACUUAUACUUAGGAUAAAAUGGAGUAAUUAUUGCUUGAUUACGGUGAUCGCCAUAAGUCAGGGAGCGAAACUGAGGCAGAUUUGUGUAAAUGGUGUAAAAACUUUAUUAACCGAUGAACCAGCCUAUCUAUUAGCACCCCAACCAUAAAACAAUUUCUCUGACCCAUCCAGUGUACCCAGUCUGACUUAUGCCGUUCACCCUAGAAAAAAGUUAACAAGGUGGACCACGUGGUCAUGCGUCUUUCAGUAAUUAGAAAUGAAAAGUUUUCCCUCACAGUCUUCUGCCUUUUUCCUGUUCAAACCCACUCAGUGACUUGUCCUCACUGAGUCUAAGUGAGAGAACAAAUGCUUUGGUCUUGAAGACAUGAGAUCGUAUGUAAUUUAGAGUUCUGGGGUCAAGCUGCCCAGCAAUUUAUUCUGAGGAAUGAGGGAAGAAGGAAAAAGAGAUGAGAUUGAAGAGGGAAGUCUUCUUGAUUACUUUUCCUCUUUGCUCCGACAGAUGUUAUUUUGUUUCCAUCCAAACUCUAGCAGGAUUAAUAUGUCCAAAGCAAAGCCUUAUGUGGGAUUUGGGAGUAAAUAGAACUGCCUCCCCCACACAGAGAAUCAGGAAUCAGCAUUCGAGACCAGCCAGCUCUUCUCUGGAAUCCGGCAACAUUCAGCGAAGAUAUUCUCUACAACACACAUAUCUAGGAAUUGGUUGGGCUUUUCCUCUUCUCCUCCUUUCAUAAGCAGGUUGGUCCUUAAGGUGAGAGCAAGGCAAGCCUCUCCACCACGGGGAGCCAAGGGGGAGCUGUGGAGACCUGAAGUGGGUGGAAGAGCUUGGGUGAGCAAAGGGGGAGUCUACACCAUGGGAAGCAGCUUGGUGCAAGAUGGCAGAGCCCAAGGAAGUGAGUAGGAUAACCCCACAGUGCAGGGAGGGGCUUAUGACAUGGAGAGUCAGAGCCCAAACAAGGUAAGAAUGGGGAGUUCAAGUCCUAGUGGGGUGAAGAGGACUCCCCCAGGCCAGGGCAGUGACCCAGCAUGAGGUAUCAGAGCCUGAGGAUGGUGAGGAGGGCAUCACAUGGGGUGGGCGAGAGCAGCAAUAGGAGCUUGGUUACCACAGGCGAAUGAAUCAAAUACAAAAAUACGCGAAUGAUAGUAGGACCCAGGUUUCUCACCACUGGAGAAGAGCAUAGCAAAAAUUCAAAAAGAGAGAUCUGGAAUGAACCUUUGGUCAUUGGAUUGGAAACGGAGGUACCGAUGUGAACAGUCCUCAUAGUAUGAUAGAGUCAUACACAGAGAUGUAAAUAUGUAUAGACAUGUCAUACUUUCUAUGUGAAGAGAUACGGAUAUAUAGAUACAGAUAUGGAUAUAGAUAUACAUGUCAACAUCAACCCUACCUUCUCAACUAAGGGGGCCUGCGCACAGCAACAUCCUACUAACAGUGAGCACAGCCCAGAUGUUGGCUUCUCCAUGGUCUGCUGUAUGAACCAGGGCUCCUCAGAGAAAUGGCUGAUCUCAGGGCUUUGACAGGAAAGGGACAAUUGGAGAUGGAACAUCUUUUUGUACCAAAAGACAAGGACAUGCUCAAGGAAUGAUGGGGACAUGUCAAAUCCUGAUCCUUGCCAAAUCGACAUCACAUGAAUCUAAUCAUGAGGAAAUAGCGGACAAACCCGAACUAAGGGACAGGCCACAAACUAGUCUUCGAAAGCCUCAAGGUCAUGGAAGUAAAGAAAAGAUAGAGGACCAUCUUAGACUGAAGGAAGUUAAAGACACAGGACAACAAAGUGUAACACGUAAUUCAGAACUGAAUCCUUUCGCUAUAAAGAACAUUAUUGGGACAACUGGAAACAUUGGAAUGAAGUCUGAGGGUUAGAUACUAGAAAUGUAUCAAUGUUAAUUUUCCCACUUUGACAGGUAGGUUAAAUUGGGAAAAUUAAUACACAUCAAGUGGUGAACUUACUUCUUAAGGAUUCAGGAAAAAAAAAUAUUUUUCUUGUCAUUUCAGCUUUUCUACAAAUGUGUGAUUAAAUAAGCUAAAUUUAAAAAUUACAAGAAUUAUUUUCUUUCAAACCAUUUUUUUCAUUCAAACUUGGUAACAGCCAAGUCUUAAAGUUUAUCUGUUAAACAUUUCAAUAAGCACAAACAGAAAACAUAAGUUGUCCCAAAAGACUUAAUGUCUUGUUUCAGCCAAUAUUUUCCAUCUUAAACCAGAGGGACUGGGGCGCCUGGGUAAUUCAGUAGGUUACGCGUCUGCCUUCCACUCGCUCAGGUCAUGAUCCCAGGGUCCUGGGAUGGAGCCCCACAUCGGGCUCCCUGCUCAGCGGGGAGCCUGCUUCUCCCUCUCCCUCUGCUGUUCCCCCUGCCUGUGCUUUCUCUCUCACUCUCUAAUAAAUGGGUAAAAUCUUAAAAAAAAAAAAUAUAGAGACGUGCCUUCGAAGUUCUCUGGUUCUCUGACUACGACUCGAGCUGGUCAUUUUCUUCCUGUAGGCUUCCAGCGCUCUCAGAAGUAGCCAGCCACCCCACAUCCUUCCAGUGACAGUGGUCAAACACAGCAGAGCUUGGGUCCCUGAAGGCACCUUCAUUCAGUAGGUACCUCAUUGUAAUUAACCUGAUUAAUGGUGCUGUCAGCGCUGCGUCCAAGGCCACCUUGAGAGUCUAUUUCCUGCGAGCCUGCUGCCAACAGUCAGGUUCAUUCUGGAAAACAGAAACCGGCUCUGCUUUUUUUGGACUGAAAGAACAUAUUAUUUUUUAAAAUUGGCAUAUAAGGAGCUGAACAGGUACAGAGAAACAGUAAGAUAAGACCAAGAAAAAAACAAACAAACGGCAACGCAUAGCUAGCACUCCUGGGCCAGGGACAACAAAGGGAGGAGGCGAGGUUAUGUAGAACCUGGAGGCAGGUGGUGCUGCCUCUGAAGCUCAGAGAAAGGGCCUGCAGAGCGGGGACCCAGACCUGGAGGAGGGGGCCCCGGCCAGCAGGUGCUGGUAUUCUCAGGGGACACGCCAGGCUGGGUCUAGGACACCAGGGGGAAUAUCCCAAGAACUGGAAUCCAACAGCCACCAACCCGAGGAAGAGUCAUUGCCAGGGUGAUGCUGGUAGAGCAGGAAGCAGAGAGGAGGAGGCAAGCCCCUGGUCCCCACUGCAGCCUUCCCGCGACCCUCGGCGCCCCCUGCUGGCAGAGCUGGCAAAGACUGCAGAGUCCGGUCCUAACCUCACACAGUGAGAAACAAGGUGAAUUGGCAACCGACAGAUGGUAGCUUAGUAACCCACUCAAGUCGGUGGAAUUGUUCAGAUUUUUUUUUUUUGCAUCUUCUUAUUUAUAAGAAGAAUGUAUUUAUAAAAUUACAUUUGAGAAUAUAUUCUUUUGACUAUGUAGUCUAUGAAUGUAUCCUUUUUCUUCUGCCAACAUCUUGUCUGCCGAAUUGUUCAGAUUUUAACACAUGGGGGAAGGAAGGCUUAAGGCCACAGCACUAGCAGAGGCAGGAGCCAGAACUUAAAACCCACUCUGUUUACUGCCAACCCUCAUUUACUUUGGGAUUUUCUUUUACCUUUUAAUUUAGGACACGGUUAAGAUACUAUUAUAAGUCAACAAGCCUCAUUUGAAAGCUUUUAAUCCACACACACCUACUGUGGACCAGAACUAUAAUAGGGUGUCAGGUAAGCAGCUCUUGGAAAAACAGGCAAUGCUUCAUGCAGACAUGGCCAUUUAAAACAAAACAAAACAAAACAAAAAAUACUUCCUAAGAAUGAUUUGAGUAAGAAAGUUAAAUUUGGACUUGUAUUGAAAAGAAGCUUAAGGUAAGUGCAUUUAAAUAGGUUGUUGAGUCUACUUCGCAAACACUAUUAACAUAGACUUUUAGGGAAUGGUCAAAAUUCUAAAAUUACUAGCUUCAUGAUAUCAAAUCAUUAUUUGCUUUGGCUUACAAUUGCAUUUAAAAAUUACAGAUUAUAGAGGUGCCGGGCUGGCUCAGUCAGAAGAGCGUGCGACUCUUGAUCCUGGGGUUGUGAGUUCGAGCCCCAUGUUGGGCGUAGAGAUUACUUAAAUAAAUAAAAUUUUAAAGAAAUUAUAGAUUAUACAGGAAGUAUAGCCUAAGGAUACUUUAUUGAUAGAAAUAAACUUUACUGAUAUAAAUAUAACUCACGAAUAUGCUCAUAUUACUCAUGAAAGCUAGCUUUAGCUAAAAUGCUCUGUUCCUGUGGUUUUCAUAAACCAUGUGCAGCCAUAGAAAGGAUUUAAGUGAAUCCAAAGUUUAAAAUAUCAGAAAGUUAAUUUAAAAUGAAUUCUAAAUGCAGAUGUUAAAUUUGUGCAAAAUAUUAGUGCUUAAUUUGCUGAUGCUAUUUGAGUGUCCUUAUUGAUUUUUUCCUUCUAAAGCAAUUAAUGAUUUUUUUCUUUGUGUAUAUUUUUUCUCUUUCUUUCUUUCUUUCUUUCUUUCUUUCUUUCUUUCUUUCUUUCUUUCUUUCUUUCUUUCUUUCUUUUUCCUUCCUUCCUUCCUUCCUUCCUUCCUUUCUUUCUUUUUCUUUCUUUCUUCCAGUAGGCUCCGCACCGAGUGCAGAGCCCAAGGCAGGGCUCAAACUCACAACCCUGAGAUCAAGACCUGAGCUGAGAUCAAGAAUUGUAUAUAUAUUUUUUUAGGAUUUUAUUUGAUUUUUUGAAAGAGAGAGAGAGCACAUGCAGGAGUGGUGGGGGGAGGGAGAAGCAGACUCCCCACUGAGCAAGGAGCCCAAUUCAGGACUCAAUCCCAGAACCCUUGGGAUCAUGACCUGAGCUGAAGGCAGACGCUUAAGCAACUGAGCCACCCAGGCACUCCUAUUUUAACCAUUUCUAGUUGGAAAGUCGUCUCCUCUGAGCAUUCCUUUUUCUCACUAGUAACUUGAAAGUAUGGCCCUGCAUUAGUGAUUUUCUCUGGGCUUCUUGAAAGUAUUUUAUGGAUUCUGUAGCUGUUGAUGAAAUAUAGCCAAUUCUUGAUUAUGUCAGCCACUAACAGGGGUAGGGAUGGGGGUGUAGGUGGGGGAUGGGAGGACUCAGGCAAAGGAAGGCUCAGCAUGGCUCUUGUCCCCAAACUCCCUUUCAUUAAGAUAGCUUCAGUUUUGUUGGUUUCACAUGUUGGGGUUGAUUGAGAGAAAAAUCUCAAAACGAUGUUUGAGAACUGAUGGGCUACAUGAUCUCCAAAGCCCUUUCCAGGUGAGACAUCACACUGACAUCUCACUUGUUCGUUCCUCAAGGAUCUUCUACACCCAUGGUCUUGCUCUGCAGACUCCGUAGGUCCCACACAUGCUCUUCUCAGAUGCCCCUCACUUACCUAUGAAAUGAUUCACCUAUAGCUGCAGAAGAGAUCAAACAAAUUAUAUUUAAUGGACAUGAAAAUUCUGGAGCCAGUAUCCACUUUGACUGAUCCUUGGUCACUAAGAAAUAUGCCCUCCACAAUGGCAUUCUUGAAGUGGUAAAGAUGUUUUCAUUGUGGAUUAAGGUUUUGCGCCAUCUGCUGGACAUAUUUAUUUUGCACCUACUAUAGGAACUGCGUUUAUUCUGAGACCUUUUAAAAUACCUAUUACUACUUUUAAAAAUUGUAAAAUAUAUGUUUAUCCUAGGAAAUGGUCCAGUGUAGGGAAUAAUAAAGGGUAAGACAAAACACCAGAGAUACCUACUGUUCUUAAUGACAUUUCCUUAUACACAAACACACACAAGAAUCUGUUGUCUUUUGGUUUGGGCUUGUGUUUUGUUUUUGUUUUUUUAACACAAAUUUGAGAUCAACGCUAUACUGAACACAAAUUUGAGAUCAACGCUAUACUGGUUUAGGCUGUGGCAGUAGUAAAAGGAGAGGACACAUUGCGUGUCUAAGACUCAUGGGGAGGGACUAUUGGGUGAUUCACUUUUCCUAUGCAAGGCAGGAAUCUUAUGUUCCAAUUUAACCAGGCAAGGUGGAAUACAGGUAGGGUUAGGGGAGUGGAUGAGAUCCUGGAAAAGUGCUUAAUAUUGCUCAGAAUCACAGGAAACAGAUCCCCAAAUUAUUAUUUCCAGUGGUAAAUGUGGCAUUACGCUUUUCUGUUAGUGGGUAUGUCUUGAGCCCCAGUGUGCUAGUUGCUGAGAUACGUAUCGUAGAACAGAGAGGCCUUAUAGAUCCAGGAGGAGACAGACGUGUGUAUAGAACUAACUAGAAAUAUAAGCUUGGAAACACAGAAGCAGGGGUGCUUAUCCUAAUCGAGCAAUGGGACUGUGAGAAAACCGUAAGUGGGUCCUGGAGGUGGGGCCCUUCCUGGCAUUUAGGAAUGGCUAAUGGGAGUCAGAUUGAUGGAAGGAAAGGAGACUUAGAUCACAUCAUAGAAGGCCUGAAAUACAUACUGAGGAUCACAAAGCAUCACCAAGGUGUUAAAAGAGGAAAGUGACACAAUGGGACCCAUGUUAGGAGGAUGUGACUAUGGCCAUGCUAUGUGGAGAUGUAAAGGACCAAAGGCAGAGAAACCAAGUUUGAGUCUGAAGCUGGCCUGGUAGAUAUGGGGGGUAUUAAACAGAGAUGAAGAUCCAUUAUUCUGUGCACCUAGAAAACAGAGCACAAUCAGAAAACCACAAUCCAUAAAUAAUUACUGCUAAAUAAGGCAAAUUUGGACCCAGUUGUGAAAGACAUCAGAGAGCAAACAUAUGGUUCUGUGGAUCAUUCACAAUACACAGUCUUCCAUAUUGCCUAGAGCACCCUGAGGGAAACUGGAAACCCUUGGGAUUGCAAACCUCAGAUGGGCUUCCUGAGCGUCCCUGUGGCCUGAGAGACAUCAUGCAGUGACAGAGAAAAUGGAACAGAAUGGGUACAUGAACAGACAAGCUACUUUGCUACUGGAAUGGUAGGGAAGUACAAACAGGGUGGAUGGCAGUCAGCCCUGCACACGCCAACCUUGAUCAGGACAGGACCAGGGGCAUUCCAAACUUAAUUGUAAGCCAGGAGCACAUACAGAGCCUUAUGCCCAGAGCAGGGGGUUGGUGGGAAAAUUUCCAAGUCAGCACACCUCUCCCUAUUCUGCUCCCCCCUCAACCCCCCACCCCGGGUUCAUCUCCUCAGUCCCUCAGUCCCUCUUCCUAUUAUCCUUCAUCAAAUAGCUCUCUCAGAAAGUAUGGCAGCCACACAAAGACUCCAGAUAAUCAGAAAAGAUCAGCAUGGAACCUCCACAGAAACAUUGGAGGAUAACUGAUAAAGAACACAUGGGAGAAGAAGUAUACCAUAAGCAGAAGAAAAUAUGAAAAAACUUCAGCAUGGAUUAAAAAAUUUAGCAAACAUUUCUUCUUUGAGAAAAGAGAUCAAAUUACACAUAGGACUCAAAAGAAAUAUGAUAAAAGGAGAGAAGAAGGUAAGAAAUAGAUCAAGCUGGCAGAAGUAGACCUAACAAGAUUUAUAUCUACAAAUGCUUAUAUUAGACAAAAAAAAAAAAAAAAGGAAUGAAAACUAA